GGUGGGAGAAAGGGAGAGUGCCGGGGAAACAGGUCAGUCCGGUCUUCCUCCGCGCGAUGGAUGUCUGGGCGGCGACACACCUGUUCACCGGUGUGGAGGGAGGAGCUGCCGGCGCUCAACACUGUGCUGACGUGACUGUGUGUAUGUUUGAGUGUGUGUGAUAGGAAGCAAAGGGAGAGGAGAGUGGCAGCCGCAGGGUGAGGAAGACAGAGAAGGAGUAAGAGAGAGACAGAGAGAUUUUCUUUUUUUGUGGGACCUCUGCUUGGACCCCCCCCCAUGGCUUCCAGGAUGUUUAAGAAAAAGGAGAGCAAGGACAGUACGCUCAAGGUCUCGGGCAAGAUCAACAAGACCCAGGCUAGCAGCCUGGCCUUGCUGGUCGCCCAGAUGCAGCAGAAUGCCGACCUGGUGGAGAAAGACAUCCUCCGGUCUGAGGAGCUGCUGGCUGUGGAUGCAGAAAAUGACAAGAAGGAGCUGCCCUUCGAGCAUCAGGCAGAGAUCUCAGACAAACUGGGCGAGGCGGAGGGGCUGCUGAAGGAACUCUUCUUGGACGUGGACAAAGCCAAGAAGUCCAAACACCCGCAAGCCAAAGACAUAGAGAAAGAUGUCAUCCACCUUCACGACCGCUGGUUGAAGGACUGCACUUUCUACCGAGACAUCUACGAGCAGAUUGACGAUGUGUCGCUGAUGCCCCGAAUCGACUGGGGGCCCGUCUUCGAGAAGAAGCAAAAACAGUUGAACGUGGAGACGUACGGCCCCUCGAUGGCAGAUCUGGAGAAGCAGGUUGCUGCUCACAACAUCCUGCACAAGGAGGUGGAGUCCUACAGCUCACAGCUCUCCGUCAGCUCCGCUGGCAGCAAGGAGAACUAUUUGGCCCUGAAGAAACAGUACAACAAUAUACUGGAAAACUCCAAGUGGCGUCGCCACUACCUGAACAGCCUGUACGAAUACAUGCAGGGCUGCACCAAAGAACUGGCUUUCCUGGGAGAGGAGCAGGACAAGAUCAAGAGGCAGGACUGGAGUGACCGCAUGGUGGACCCACCUGAUGUCCGCAGGCAGUACGAGAACUUCAAGAACAACAGUCUCUUGUCCCACGAGAGCGAGGUGAACAAAUUCCAGGAUGAAGGAGACAGACUCGUCGAACUGAAGCACCCGGCCAGCGCCACCAUACAGGCCCAGAGAGAUACCGUACGAAACGAGUGGCAGAAAUUCCUCAAUCUCUGCAUCUGUCAAGAGACACACCUGGACAACGUGGAGGAUUACAAAAAGUACCAAAUGGACACUGAGCAACUGUCAGAGACACUGACCAAACUCAACAACAGCCUGGACCCCAAAGCCAUCAGCAAGAAGAGCAACUCGGAGACGCUGAUGCAGCUCGAGGGGGAGGAGAAGGCGGUGCAGAACUGUGAACAGCUGCUGGCUGACCUGAGGAGACGCAGCACCACCAUCGCACCUCUGAAGCUACGACGCAACGCCCCCAACCGACCAAUCACAGUGGAGUCCCUGUGUGACUGGGAGACGGACAAGGAUUCUCUGUUAAGAGGAGAGAAGUUGAUGCUGAAAUCAAACUCGGAUGAGAACUGGAACGUUAUCGCUACUAAUGGGGCAACUAAAGCUUUCCCAGGAGUUUGCUUCCAUAUCCCACCACCCGACCCGGAGGCGAUCGACAAAGUGGACCUUUUGGGUGGUGAACUGGCAGACAUCAAGAAGAGAAGAGCUGCUCUGGCAGCGUCGCUGAAGAAUCACAAAGCAGACGUCGCCAGGUCCCAACAAUCAGCCCCGGUGUCUUCUGCCCCACUGGACCCCAAAGUAGCUGCCCUGACCCAGCAGCUGGACAAGCUGGACAAUGACCUGAUCAGCGCGGAGGAGAGCAUGAUGAGCCGCCUGCGAGCCCCAGUGAGCCGCAGCGACCCGGAAGGAGAUCUGGCCAAAAGGCUGAGGGAGCAGGAGCAAGCUGCCAAGGCCCUGAAGGCUCUGGAGCAGCAGAAGCUGGCGGCGCAGUCCGACCUGCAGCCUCUGCUGUCCGGCGGCACCUCCUCUGCACUGCCACUCAAACUUAAUGCUGCCACCAACAAGCACGACAGCAUGGCUGCACUUGCCGACCUCUACACCAAGAAAGCAAAUGCCUCUCUCAAUCUGCAGAGUCAGAUAAAGAAGGUGGAUGGUCUUGUCUCUGGGUUUGAGAGGAAGCUAAGUGAAGACGGUCCAAUUCCUGAUGAGCCAAAUGCAAUUCAAUCCCACAUUGAGGACAUCCAGUACCAGCGUAAGUCUGUGGCAGCAGCUCAGAAUGACAUGAAGAAGCUGAGUCAGGAUCUGGAGACCACGGAGCAGCUGUGCAGCUCUCUGCAGCAGGGCUACCAGGAGUACUGCCCUGACAUCCAGCACCAGAGAAAAGAGGUCAAGCAGCUGCAGACCCGUUAUGCAAACGUUGCCAAUCAGCAGAAGGAAAGAGAAAACAUCUUACAAGAAGCUGCGACAAAGAACCAGGAGUUCCAGAGCACGUCUAAAUCCCUCAAGUCCUUCCUGGACAACGUGCCGACAAACCAGAUAAACUACAAUGAUGAUCUGUCCCAGGUCACUGCUAAGCAGACCUCCCAAGAGAGGGUAAUGGAUGACCUGAAGAGGAAGGGAGAUGAUAUGGACAGAGUCGCUGACCUGUCUCUAGAUCUGCAGAAUUUACUCAAUGAGUAUGAUACCAACAUUGAUAAAUACAACAGUACACUUGAGGAUGCUGGUGCCAGUGUUGCAAAGAAACCUAGAAUGCCCACACUUUCUGAUGCUGUUCAGAGAGAGGAAAGGGAUCUGGUAAACCGGUACGCUAAAGCAACAGCUGAAAACACCCAACGCCAAAAACAGAUGGGUUUGGCGAAGAAUCUCAUUUCACAAAGUGAGGAGAAACUUCAACUAGUGGCACAUCAGCAAGUGCAGCUUGAAAGCCAGCAAAGGAGCGUAUUCGAGCUAGAUACUUUGGCAAAAGAGCUGCAAGAAGAGAAGGAAAGGACAACUCAUACUGAGACAGACCUAAGAACCUUUAAAGAGAGGAUGCUGUCACUGAAGAGUCGCAGAGGAGUGGAGCGCAUUGAGGAGAAGGAGGUACUACAGUACUACCGUGACCCAAAACUGGAAGGUGAUUUAGCUGACCUGCAGAGUAAAGUGCAUGACGAGGCCCUGAGGCGUAGCACCACCCACACUGAGGUUGAGGUGUUUAACAAGAAAAUCACCAUCCUGGAAGACACCCUCAAAAACACUCCACCCAAACUUGUGACCAAAGAGGUGACAGAGUUUGAGAAAGAUCCUCAGCUGGACAUAGAUGCCAGUAAGCUGAGAGACGAAAUAGCAAGGAUGAGAGAUGAACUUCGUGUGCGAGAUGGGGAGCAGAUUCAGAUGAAGACAGAAGUCACGAUUCUCCAGCAGAAGAAACCAGUAAUCAAAGAGAGGGUGGUGAAGACGGAGGUGGUGAAAGUAGAAAAGGACCCAGAGAUGAUGAGAGCAGUGCGAACAUUUGAGUUGGAAAUUUCUGAAGAAAACAACAAGACCAAGCAUCUCAAUGAUGAAAUCUUCCAAACAAGGAGUCAGAUUAAUGCCUUUGAGCGACUAAUUCCUAAUAUUCAGCCUAAGAUCAUCACUAAGGAAGUGAAAAAGAUUGAACAAGACCCUGAGCUCAUUACUGAAUCAAAGAAGAUUGUAAAAGACAUAGAAGAUGAGAGAGUUGAAAAUAGCUCCUUAUCCAAAGAGGUGAUGAACCUCCACAAUCGCUACAGAGAAGUUCAUGAAUGGAAACCAAAAACCGAGGUGAAGGAAAUUGUUAAUGAGAUCUACCGGAUAGACCCAAACACAGAAAUGGACAUAAUGCGGCUAAGGAAAGACAUACAAGAAUCCAACAAGCAGCGCUCUGAUCUAGAGAGGGAGCUCACCCAGGUCACGUCUGAGCUGAAUAUCCUUCGUUCUCAGAAACCCAAGGUGGAGCAUAAGGAGGUUCUCCAAGAGGUGGUAAAGGAGGAGAGGAGCCCUGAAAUUGAGAGAGAGAUACAUAGGCUAAAUGAUCAUGUAAAUCAUUUACACACCACUUACAACUCCCUCCAGGACCAGGUGAGACGACUACGGAAAGACAGGGAUGAAUGGAAGACUGAAAAGUCCAAGAUAGAAACAAAACUCGUCACAAGAGAAGUUAUCAAGUAUGAACCUGAUCCACUGUUGGAAAAAGAAGCUACCCGCUUGAGAAGAGAUUUGCGGGAGGAGGCACAGGUGCGGCGCACUAUUGAAGAGAUGGUGUUUGACCUGCAAAACAAAUACAUCAUAUUGGAGAGACAGAGACCUGCGGAGAAAGUGGUUGUGCAGGAGGUUUUGCGUGUACAGAAGGACCAAAGGCAGGUAGUUGAACAUGAGAGGCUUAGCAGAAGCCUGGAUGAAGAAGUAAUGAGAAGGCGUCAGCAAGAGCUAGAGCUGCAGCAGCUGAGAACAAAGGUGGAAGACAAAGAGAGGAUCCUCAGAGAGAGUGAUGAGCACCAAAAGAGGAUUCAAGCCGAGUCUGAACUCAGAGAGAUCCGACUGCGUAUUACACAGCUGGAAAAUGCUCCACCACCUGUUGAAGAAAGUAUUGUUGUUGAGGAGGUGCUGAAGGUUGAGAGAGACCCAGUACUGGAGAGGAUGACAAAUAGCGUUCGAUCAGAUAUGGACAAGGAAACCAGUGAUUACCUGCGUCUCCAGAGAGACAUUCGUAACAUCACUCUCAAGCUUGAGGUCCUGCAGAGGGAAAAGUCUGGUGAAAGGACGGUGUACAAAGAGGUUGUCCGUGUUGAGAAAGACCAGGCUGUUGAAAGUGAAAGAGAUCGCUUGAGGGAACAGGUGUCUCAGCAUAAAUUUGACAGACAGGACCUGGAGGAUGAAAUCAGACGUGUCAAUGAUAAAAUUAACUAUCUGAUGAGCAACAAGUCCAGCACUUCAAGAGAGGAGUCCAGCUUGGUUUUGAACCGAGAUGCCCUUGAAAGGGAGAAGGACAAACUCACCCGGGAGUUCAGGACACUUGACACCAAGAAACAUGACACCAGCCUGUCUUUCCAUCAGCAGACCCGACUAAUGAGUGAGAAGUCGCAGAUGAGCAGACAGAGGAGCCUCAAGAUGGAGUCUGACAUACAGCGUCUGGAGAGGGAGAUCCUGGAUGAAAAAGACAAGAUCCAUCUUCAAGACAGAACCCUGCGGGAGCUUCUGCUGAAACUGCAGAGAGAGGAGCAGACAGAGACAAGGACCAAAGAGACCAAUGUCUCAACCAAAAUCACCAUUUUGGAUCCAGAAACAGGCAAAGACAUGUCUCCUUAUGAUGCCUACUUGCAGGGUCUGAUUGAUCGUAAACAGUAUAUUCAUCUGCAGGAGCUGGAGUGUGACUGGGAGGAAAUUACUUCCCUGGGACCUGAUGGGGAGACAUCUGUACUGCAGGAUCGCAAGAGUGGCAAGCAGUUCCCCAUCAAAGAUGCCCUCAAGGAAGGGAGGCUGACAGAGUAUGAUCUACAACAGUACAAACAGGGCAAGAUUCCCAUCUCAGAGUUUGCCUUGCUAGUCGCAGGUGACAAUAAGAAGCAACUAGAGUUUAACUCAGUCAAACCAAGUAUUACCAGGACAGUGAAAUCAGCCCCCUCAGACCUCUCCACUGCUAAAGAAAUCAACCCAGUUGCUGGAGUAAUGGAUACAAACACUGACACCUGCUUUACAAUACGCAGCGCCACUUUGCGUAAACUGAUCGACCCUACCACCGCCCAAAAGCUGCUGGAGGCUCAGGCAGCAACAGGUGGCAUCAUUGACAUCAACAACAAAGAGAGAUACACAGUUCACAAGGCAGCAACCAGAGGCCUCAUUGAGGACAGUCAACUGCAGAGGCUACUCAACGCUCAAAAGGCUUUCGCUGGUGUGGAAGACCCUGUUACAAAAGAGUGUUUGUCCGUGGGAGAGGCUGUUCAGAAAGGCUGGAUGCCAAAGGACACUGCCAUUCGCUACAUGGAGGCACAACACCUGACCGGAGGGCUGGUCAGUCCCAAAUCUGGCCGCAGAGUAAGCAUCAUGGAUGCCAUUGGGUCCAAAAUGAUAGACAGCACAAUGAUGAGGGAGCUGCAGGCCGAGACAACCUACAUCAAAGAUAUUGUAGACCCAAUCACAAAGGAGAAGAUCAACUACAAACAAGCUCUGGAUCGCUGUAAGAAAGACCCAGUGACAGGCUUACCGAUGCUGCCUGCCUCCUCCAAAGAUUCUGGUUACAACUCUACUCGUUAUGCAAGAUUCUAGAUAUGUUUACAUACUUUAGCUUUCUGAGAUAUCUCUGAUGUGGUAAAAAAAAAUCCUAUUAGAUAUGGAAAAUCCAUAUGAAAUCCAUACAUUAAUUGCAAUGUACAUUUUGACUCAGGAAACGUCUUCUACUCCAAAGCUUUCUAUCCAGCCAAAAUGAUUGCUGCUGAGUUGCUUUUGUUUACCUAAUAUAUCUGCCUUGGGCAGAUGUUUUUUGAUUUAAUUUAAAACAUUAUAUCAUUGCAGUUUAUCUUUGAUAUUAUUGUACUAGGGAUACUGGGACAUGGUGCAAUGCUAUAUACCAAGAUUGAUUUGAUCCUGUAUUAUUCAUGGGGUAUCCUUGACACUGUUCACUUAAAAUUCAAUCUUGUUUGAUACUUUAUUAAGAAACAAAUAUCAAUAAAUCUAAAUUAUAAAGGAAA